AUGACCCUGGAAAUGGAGGCCCUUCCUACACAACGACUCAGCUACAAACAUGAGCGACUAGGUGAGACUUCAGAUGGCAUCAACAACCAUUCACCAGGAUCCGAACCGCAACCAAUGCUCUCUGCGAGGGGGGCUUUCGAAGAGAACAUCAAAUCUAAUCUCAAGAAUGACCCCGCGCUCCAGCAAAGCGACAAUACUUACCAGCUCGUGAAGCUUCCUGACGGAUACCAUGCUUGGUUGAAGACGCGAUUCAGCUCCUCUGCAGCCGGCUACUCUCAAACCUAUCAUAUCUACGGCCAUCCGAGCGGCCGUGGUUUUGAUACGUUCAAGGGCUUCUACGAGCAUUUCAAGUUCCUGCAUGGCCUGACCGAGAAGAGCACAUGUGAGUGCUGGUUGUGCGGAAAGGAUCGCGACAAGGCAAACUGGGCGCCCAAGGAUGAGUACGUUGACAUGAUGUCCGAGAAACUUUCUGGACAUCUAGGGAACGUAGCUCGGACCGCUCAGAGCGAUAUGACUUUCGAGCAGCAGUACUUUGCUUCUGUGGGAGUGGGAACGAUCGUGGCACAGAGUUUGGUGGAUGCGAUCUGGGCUGUCUUUAACCAUGAGAAAGCUGCCUGGGAUCCAGUCCGAUGUUUGGUGUACUUCAAGCGCGUCUUUGCCAUGGCUGACAGUCUGGUGUUCGCGGCAGGGAUCUGCAAGGAGAACUGCAAGUUUGCUGCCGACAUUGCCACUGACCUGGACAAGUUCAAGACUGGUUGGCAGGCGGAGUAUGAUGCUGAGGAGCGGCGAGGGGCGGCGGCCUUGCCGGGUGCUUGA